UUGUCCUAGUCGGAGGAAGGCGGGGAGUGAAGAUCCUGACUUCUCCUCCCACUGGUGAGGACACAUACACCAAACGCUGCUGAAGAAUCCAGGAUCCCAGAGCCAGGAAAAUCAGGAUUUCUCAGUGGUGGUCUUGUCGUCUUGGACGCUGGUCACGUGAUGCUGGCGACGGUCCUGACCCUCGUGGCCGUACUGGUAUGCGUUGUCUCCCUGGUCGUCUGGCGAGUGCGUACCAACGCUGAUUGGGCGCUCUGGUGGCACGACAACUACCUGGAACGAAUACGAGACUUUCUUACCGGAACCACUCGGCCUGUAAGGAUCCUGCAGCAUGUACAGCGCAGUGCCAAGCAGGGAGAUGCCCUCAGCGUCAUUACUGCCAUAGAUUCCUAUUGCUCCAAGGUGGAAUGGGCCAUGAAUGUCGGAGAUAAGAAAGGUGAGAUCCUCGACACAGUGGUAUUAGAGACUCGUCCCCGUUAUGUAUUGGAGCUUGGCACAUACUGUGGAUAUUCAACUUUGAGGAUUGCCCGUCUGCUGCCCCCUGGUGCUCGACUUAUUACUAUAGAAAUGAACCCUCACUAUGCUCAGGUGGCUAGGGAAAUAUUUCAGUAUGCAGGACUGGAUGCACAGGUGGAGCUGCUGGUCGGAUCCAGCACAGUCCUCAUUCCUCAGCUGAAAAAGAAACUGGACAUAGAAAAGUUUGAUCUGGUGUUUAUUGACCACUGGAAGGUCAGUUACCUCCCCGACACCAAACUGCUGGAGGAAUGCGGCUUGUUAAAAGCGGGCACCAUCCUCCUGGCCGAUAACGUCAUUUGCCCCGGAGCUCCGGAUUAUCUGGAGUAUAUAAGGAACUGCCCGCGCUACCGGAGCCAGUGUUUCCCGGCACAGCUGGAGUACCUGCAGGUGGAGGACGGCGUGGAGAAGUCUGUCUUCUUAGGAUGAUGGACUCUGUCCUGUAGAAGAUGCCAAGUCCAUGUACUCAACAACAAAGCGCUUGGUCCAGAGAACGUGCAUGGGCUCGGGGGGACAUAAGGCAAUAUCCGAGGGGGAGGAUUUUGGUGGUUGUCAUAAAGUUCCCAUUCCACUGUCCCCUCUCUAGAUUAGGAACAGGCGGCUCAUUGCAGUGCCACAAUGGAGGUGGCGGCUCGGUAUCUGAUUAUUCUGGCAUCCUCCAUAGGGUUACAGCCCAUUUCCAUCACCAGGUCAAGUCCUUGGGUACGGACAUAUAUUUAUUUUUUUUGCCUGAAAACGUCUACUUGGAAAUUUUAAGAAUAUUUACAUAAAAUAAAAAAAGUCAUUU